AUGACUCCGACUCCCAUCAAUAUCAGCGACGAGCCCCAAGUCGAUUAUACGUCAUUGACACAUCAAGCGCAUCGCUCCACCCAGGCUACUCGCAACUAUCACGCCCUACCAGCUCAUCCAUUCACCAUGCCGGUCUUCUCGCGCAAACCGAUCGGCGAUGCGUUCGGCUCAUCCGGCGGUGCGGGCAGCUCACGAAAUCGGCCCCUCAACUCGCGACUCAGUCUAGCGCUCAAACGACGACCUUUCCUCUUCUUUGGCUUGCCAUUCAUAUCUGUCAUGGCCGGUGCCUCUGUAGCCCUGUCUUACAUCGCCCAGACCAAAUUCGACUAUGACGCGUCCAAAGUGCAGAGCAUCUCCAAAUCGGAAGAAUUGAAAAUGAGAAAGGAUAGGAAAAAGAUUGAUAUCAGGGAAGAGUAUUUCGUGAGUAGGAUGCUACCACCCCACGAAGCUGUUCGUGGAGUGCAGCGUUGAUGAUUCGAGCACAUGCGCUCUCAGAAAUUGGAAUCGGAUCCAAAUCGAUCUGCGGCGCUUGACGACUGGGAGCCCAAGCGCGUGGAGAGGCCGCCGGGUGUGCCCGAAUGGGGUAUCCCUGCAGACGCAUCACCCUCUUUGCCUCCCAAGCGAAAAGGCUGGUUCUCGUCCUGGGCCAGCAACAAGGAGGUGCAUGCUGAUGGUGGCGCUCUUCCGCGCCUCGACGAAGCGGGUGAAGAAGCUUCGGGUGUGAAUGUAAGCGCCCGGAAGCCUGGUGUGAUAUUGGGGCCGGAUGGUAAGCCGUGCAGAGCUUGCAAUUCCAAAUUGGCUUUCUCUGCCGCUAUGAGAGGCACUGGGAAGAGUGGCGUUGCUAGAUCAAGCACAUCGCAACAAUCCAACUCGACCCCUUCCAAGGCGGCAGCCGCGAGUGCAGGUGCAGGAACGAGCGCCGCGGCAGUAGCUGCCACUCGGUCAAGCAGCGAGCAGCACACACGGCAAUGUCCCCCGGAUGGCGAAGAGAUUGGCAGAUCGACGUGGCUGUUCCUGCACAGCGCCGCAGCAUACUACCCAGAAGAACCCACGUCCAUUCAAAAGUCUGCCAUGCUCUCCCUACUUCGGUCUUUGCCACAUCUUUAUCCUUGUCACUCGUGCGCCGCAGCGCUCGGAGAAGAGUACGAGCGCGAAAAGAGGGAAGUAACAUCCUGGAAUGCAAGAGAAGGAGGGCAAGCGGACAUCUUGGAGCAGGCUGUUGGGAAUGGACAGACGCUUCGACGUUGGUUGUGUGGAAUACACAACGAAGUCAAUGAGAGGCUGGGCAAGCCUGUGUGGGAGUGCAGGGAGGAGGUGUUGCAAGAGAGGUGGAGGGAUGGACCGCGAGAUGGCAGCUGCGAUUGA